AUGUCCCCCCAGAGAUCUGUCCAACGAGUGUGCAUAAGUAGUUUGAUAUACAAGCAUGUUUAUCUUUCUCCGUUUGAUAUCUAUCUAUCUAUCUAUCUAUCUAUCUAUCUAUCUCAGCAUCAUGUUUAUGUAUGUAUCUAUCUUUCUCCGCCUGAUAUCUAUCUAUCUAUCUAUCUAUCUCAGCAUGUUUAUCCAACUUUCUCCGUUUCAUAUCUAUCUAUCUAUCUAUCUCCGCCUGAUUUCUAUCUAUCUCAGCCUCUUUAUCUAUCUCCGCCUGAUAUCUAUUUAUCUAUCUAUCUCAGCCUCUUUAUCUAUCUAUCUAUCUAUCUAUCUCCGCCUGAUAUCUAUUUAUCUAUCUAUCUCAGCCUCUUUAUAUUUCUAUCUAUCUAUCUAUCUAUCUAUCUCCGCCUGAUAUCUAUUUAUCUAUCUAUCUCAGCCUAUCUAUCUAUCUAUCUAUCUAUCUAUCUAUCUAUCUCAGCCUGUUUCUCUAUCUAUCCAGGUCCGAUUCUAUCUAUCUAUCUAUCUAUCUAUCUAUCUAUCUCAAACUUUUCAUUGUCUGUGUCUGUUCAUAAAUCGAUCUAUCUAUCUUUUCAUAUAACUCUUCUGUUCAUAUCUAUCUAUCUAUCUAUCUAUCUAUCUAUCUAUCUAUCUAUCUAUCUAUCUCAUUCCACUUCAUAUCUAUCUAUCUAUCUAUCUAUCUAUCUAUCUCAGUCUACCUCAUUAUCUAUCUAUCUCAUUUCACCUCAUAUCUAUCUAUCUAUUUGGGCACCUCGGCGUGGUCUACGAUUAGAAAAUAACUAUCUAUCUAUCUAUCUCAGUCCACUUCAUAUCUAUUUAUCUAUCUAUCUAUCUCAGUCUACCUCAUUAUCUAUCUAUCUAUCUCAGCCCACUUCAUAUCUAUCUAUCUCAGUCCACUUCAUAUAUAUAUAUUUAUCUAUCCAUCUAUCUAUCUAUCUAUCUAUCUCAGUCCAAUUCAUAUAUAUAUAUUUAUCUAUCUAUCUAUCUAUCUAUCUCAGUCCACUUCAUAUCUAUCUAUCUAUCUCAGUCCACUUCAUAUCUAUCUAUCUUCGAAUAUACAUAUAA